AACGAAAUUCCAACUGCGGUCAUCUUUUCAACAUAUCAUUGUAGCUGUUGUUUUGUUUCCUUUUUAAUCCAUUUGUGGAGAAAAAGGUAGCUGAGGUGUCAAUAAACAACGAAGAAAUAUAAGCACAUCAUGGGCAUUAACCUGACGGCGAACCCUCGCCUGCGGAUGCUGUACGUGGUGUGUGGGGUCAUCGAAAUCAUGCUCUUCAGCGGUCUCAUCUUCGGCUGGGGCUCCCUCGUCUACGUCCUCAAAGACGAGGGCAUCUACGCCGACCUCUGCGACUGCACCGACAACUGCACCUACGGCAACACCAAGACCACGUUCACGACGACGACGACUCCUGUUACUGCGACGAACCUGACCCCAACGAUCGGCGGUGACGUUAAAGGGAAAGGGUGUAAAGAGCAGGACUCGAUGCUGUCGCUGGUGUUCACGGUGGCGUCGUUGUUCUUCUGUGUGGGAAGCGCCGUCAUGGGACACAUCAACUACAAGUUUGGAACGAGAGUCACACGCAUCUGUGCUUCGUUGGCAUUUGUUGCUGGCUGCUUGAUGGUAGCUUUCGUCAGUGUUGAUCUACCAUGGUUAAUAUUCCCAGGACUUUCACUGGUUGGAGCAGCAGGUACUCCCUGGCUAUUCACAAAUACACAGCAAGCCACCAUGAGCAUAUCCUUGACAGCGAAGCCGCGUCUGCGGAUGCUCUAUGUUUUCUGGGCAUUCAUGGAGUGUCUGCUCUUCGGCGGCCUCAUUUACGGUUGGGGCUCCCUCGUCUUCAUACUGAAAGACGAGAGAAUCUUCGCUAACCUCUGCCACAGUGUGGGUAACACAACCUCGGUGAACUACACAUCCAUCCAUUCCAACGUGACAUCGCAUUUCAUCACUCACAUGGCGUCCACGCCGAUUUCUCCAACUCCGUUUGCUGUUGCUGCGAUGAACCUGACACCAGUCAUUGUUGGAGGUGGUUCUGAAGAGAAAGCCCCAAAGGAAGACUGUCAGGAACAAGACUCGAUGUUUGCGCUGGUGUUUACGGUGGCUUCAUCGCUGUUCUGUGUAGGAUGUGCCAUCAUGGGGCACAUUAAUUACAAGUUUGGUACCAGAGUCACUCGUAUUUGUUCCAUGUUAUCAUUUAUUGCUGGCUGCUUGAUGGUCGCAUUCAUCAAUGUUGAUCACCCGUGGUUAAUAUUCCCAGGAUUGACAUUGAUUGGAGUAGGAGGAAUUCCCUUGCUGGUCACAAAUACCCAGAUUUCAAACCUGUUCACGACUGGUAGUUCUACAGUGGUUGGAUUGCUGUGUGGAGCUUUCGACUGUUCAGCGGCCGUUCAACUUAUUGUCAAGAUUGGCUACGAAAAAGGUUUUCCGAGACAGCAGUCCUACUUCGUGCUAGUUGGUCUGCACAGUUUGGUUCUGGUGAGCACGUUCUUCUUCCUGCCCAAGGAUUUCAUCCGCAAGGUGGAGCCGACCAAGGCCGUGGAGGUCGUGUUCAAGGUUGACGAAGACGGGCAAGACGGGGCAGUGGAACUGUUGGCCAGGGAGAAGAGGAACAACCCCGAGUCUGUGGGAAUGGAGGGAGAUGCAGGACAUGACAUCAGUAAAAUAACAGAGAAUUCUAGCAAGACGGGAGCCAGUGAGCCGCUGACAGGUAAAGACCCCGGCAAGCGCUCUCUAAAAAGCUGUCUGCUGUCGUCGGUGUUCCUGCUUCACGUCUUCUGGCUGAUGAUCCUCCAACUGCGGUUCUACUUCUUCCUCGGCUCACUCAACCCCUGGCUUAACCUCGUCCUCGCAGGAGACCACCAACAAGUGAGUUUCUUUACCAACAUUUCCCUUUACUUUAUGCUGGGCGGUAUCAUAACAUCACCACUUGCUGGUAUUGUGUACGACUGGCAGAAACGGAUAUACAUAAACAAGCGAUCUGAGAAGUGCCGCCAGCUGAUGCCUGCUGUUUUCCCACUGGCAUUCACAGUGUUCCUUGCCAUUGUCCUGUCUCUUCUCGUCCUAAUCCCAAAGGUAGAGAUUCUGUACGUGACUUUCAUCACACUGACCGUGUUCCGAUCAUUCCUCUACGCAAUGGCAGCUGCCUUCAUAAGCACAAUGUUCCCUAGUGAAUAUUUUGGCUUGCUGUAUGGAAUCCUUAUUAUUGCUGGUGGUAUCGUUUCAUUUUUCCAGUUUGCCUUGUUUCAAUGGGCAGAGGCAACAGACUUUCAGCAGGUGAACAUAUUCCUUCUCAUCUUAGUGUGUAUGCCGUUUGUGCACCCGGUUUACCAGUGGUACACCAGUCGACGAGUUGAGUCGUACACGCUGAAAGAUGAGGCGCAGCGACGCGCUCAUUGAAGGAAAUGACGUAUCUCACACGAGUGAGGUUCUGAGUUUUUUGUCCUCACCGAACAGCAGGCCACUAGGACAAGUAGAGAUCUGCAUCAUCCCAGUUUCACACCGAGUGGUGUACAUGAAUACAGGGAAAUGGCCGUCAUAUCAGGGAUAAAGAAAUCAAAGAAUGGGGUGGGGUUUUUUUUCAAAAUUCUAAAACGGAAAUGUCGGACCCAGUUUAUGGUUAUUGUAAGGAGAUGCAAAGUGACGUCAUUGGAAUACUGACGUCAGUCAACUUCAAAAGUAGCUGUA